ACUCAUCAGUUGUAAAGAUCCCUUACUAGCUUUAACGUCACUAUGCGGUGUAUGUUUAGAAGUUGAAGUGUAAACCUAAGAUAUUAUGUAAAUUCAAGUUAAUAAUAAUGUUUCCUAAUAAUCUAGUCUUCUCUACAGUGGCUCUAGCACUAGGUGUGCAGAGUGUAGAUAUAAUAUCUAUGGAUAUUCCACAAGUAGCAGAGUCAGGAAAAAGUCUGGUUCUAGAUUGUAGAUUCGAGUACAGAGCUGAGGAGAAGGAUCAGCUGGAUAUUAAAUGGUAUUUUAAUAGUUCUCCAACCCCUAUCUAUCAAUGGUUACCAGCCAUGAAUACUGGACCUCAGGUUAUAGAUCCCAGGUUUACAGAGUACCUUGAUCUACUGUACACCGUGAAUGGGGAAAAGUAUGAGAAACAUCGAGCUCUUCAUCUGGUUAAUGUUACACAUCAUCUCUCCGGUUCAUAUAUGUGCAAGGUUUCAAGCUUUUUGGAUGAAGAUUUCAACCAGAAGAACCUGAUGGUGUACG